AUGGACUUGCAGGCUGUUCCAAAAACAGCCUGCAAUACCGAGACGGCGCUAAGCCGCAGAUAUUGGGAUCGCAAUAAGUUUUGUGAAUGUUGGAAGUUUAUCAAAUGGAUAUUUGAGCAAGAUUUGUAUUGCUGUCGAAACGACUUGGCAGGCAUUGAAUUCGAGAGCUUUCGACGAAAGUUUCUUCAAGAUAUAUCGUUUCGAAAACUUGACAAACAAGAAAAAGUUGACAAACCUGCUGAUGGACGAAUAUUCUUGGUCCUUGUGUUGCCUCCAAAAAACAGACAAAACAAUGUGGACGUACUCUCUGAUGAUAUUCAAAAAGUUGCAGAAAAAUAUUCAUUAGGAAAAAACGAAGCUAUCAUACUUGUCCACAUAUCAUUUGAUGGAAACAACAUUGAAAAUCCGCCAAAUUUGAUGACUGAUGACACGUUCGAGAGAAUCAAAAUACGCCUUGAACGAAACUUUGUUUCGUAUAUAAACAUAGUUUACACCGCUGAUCAUAACUUUCAAGAAUGCGAUAUAAAUAGAAAUGCGGCAAACAAGUUGAAAACAUCAUCUAAAAAGGAAACAAGAGACAUAGUUCGAAAGAGAUCUAGAAUUGUUUGUUUGUUUUUAUUGGUGGUUUUUCCAAUAGCGUUUUUUUCUUACUAUUUUUAUUUUCAUUUUUCAAAACAAAAAAAGAACUUAAUGGAAUAAUGUGUCAGUGCGUAACUAAAAUUAAAGUUUAAAAAUUCAAACUAAAAACGAUUUUGUGUAAAUGUGUAAUUUUUGUGGGUUAAAAAUGAUAUCAUAUGCUUAAAAAUGCUACAAAAG